AUGAAUAGGCCUAGUGGUAAAUAUUAUGAAAUAGAAAGUGAUGAAGGUGUUAGGACUCUACUGUCUUUGGUUAGUGAUCAGUUUAAUGUUAUUGACUUCUUUGUUGUAGAUGAGUGUGAGUUAAGUAUUAAUGUUCAUAAUAUAGUCCAGCACAUUGAGUCAAACAUAGUAGAACUUGAUGCUGCUACUGACUGUAGUUCAAAUGACAGUGAAGAACAUGGCUAUCAGUCUUGUGAUUCUUCAGAUAAUUCUGACAGUGAAUCUGAUUCAUUAGAACUACUGCAUACACAAAAAGAGAGGAAGAUAUCUGAUAAAUUGACUGAGUAUAAGGAGUUACACAAGUCCAUGACAUUCAAAGACAUUCCAGAAGCUAAAAAAUUCAUCAACCUGUAUUCCCUUGCUAAUGGUUAUGGGUUAAAACAACUUAAGAGUUGCCCCCAAAAGCUUAGGUACAGAUGUUUAGAUGAAGACUGCCCCAUUGUCUGUCAUAUUUUCAAAGACUCUAAAGGUCCUGGUGUUAAAUUCAAGACAUUAAAGGAAGAAUAUAAGUGUAAUACUGUAUAUGAUAACCAUAGGAUGAAUGCAAAAACCAUAGCCGCUUACUUUAAGAGAGGGCUUCAAGAUAAUCCUAGGAUUAAAAUUAAGGAGAUGAUGACAAGUGUAAAAGCUGCAUUUAACAUCAAUGUUAGUCAUUCAAUGUGUAAGAGAGCCAAAAAAAUGAUAUUGGAGAAAAUGGAGGGUAGUUUUGCAGAUGAGUACAAUAAGCUUGAGGCUUAUGCUAAUGAAUUAAGGUCUAGUAAUCCAGGAACAGAUGUGGUGAUUAAUAUUUCAAAGGAUGCACUUAGUAAAGGUAAAAGAAGAUUCCUAAGAAUAUACAUCUGUUUUCAUGCAUUGAAAAUGGGGUUUAAGAGCGGGUUGAGACUAUUCAUUGGCUUGGAUGGAACUUUUUUGAAAGGAAAAUGCAAGGGUCAAUUGCUAGUAGUUGUUGCUCAAGACUCCAGGAGGCACUUUUAUCCCUUAGCUUGGGCUGUUGUUGAUAAAGAGACCAAAGUGACAUGGAGUUGGUUCUUAAGGUUGCUACAACAUUCAUUGGACCUCAAAAUGGGAGAAGGGAUCACAUUUAUUUCAGAUAUGCAAAAGGUAUGA